AUGUGUCUGUACGAGGCAUUUUUUACUCAUUUGCGUCUCUGGUUUCCUCUCCCUCGUCUUCUGACGUCGUAUGCUGCUGCCCGGGAUAUCGUCUUGACUCAAUUUACUCUUGCCGCCAUGCAGAAUGUAGUUGCGGCUCUGGUUUUGGGGGCAGAGGUCGGCAUUGAUGUCGAUCUUCGUUUCUUCGAGGAAUUGGCUAAUAUUAGCAGGAACUUAGGGACUCCCAAUACUUUCUACAUAAAUAUUAAGUCUCGUCACGACAUUCUUAGGGGGAGGGUGAAUAAGGCGCAUGAGUGGUUUCAGCGUUAUUUCUUCGUCUGGAUUGACUCGGCUUCUGUGGCGGAUCUUAACGCGGUCCUGAGAGGGACUUGGAACUCUUCGCCUAAGCGUCAUCCAAUCCCGCUUCCUCCGCCGGCGGUUUUUUCUCGCGGAGUAGAAAAGAUUCGUGAAUUGGGGGUUCAGCAGUGGUCCGACUUCGAUCGUGAUCGUAUCUUUUGUAGCGUUCCACGUAUCUCGGCCGGUGCUCCCUCCGGCGGUCGAUCGGGUCUUCGUGGUCGGUCUUCGUCGCGUCCCCCUUCACUCGUGAUGCCUUGUCGAGCCGCUCGCUCUCCUUCGGUGCGGACCGGGGGCGCCCGUCAUGACAUCCCUCCGUAUUCGAGUGUUAUGAAUGAUGAGGUGACGAGUUCUUCCUUGCGGGAAGAAAACAUGGGAAUGGCCCAGUUCAGCCCCUUGAAUCGUGAUGUUGAGCCCGAAAGGGCGUUUGGUGAAUCUGGUGGAAUGAAUCCGGCUGCUCCUGAAGGUGGGGAGCCGGUUAGUGUUGAAAGGGGGGCUUCUGAUACAGCCCCGACAGGUGGUUUUAUGGCUGAUGCCAUCCGUUCUGAUGUCCGGGAAGGUCGAGAGUCUAGGUCUCUCAAGCGUCUGUCCGAAGAUGUUCCGACGGAGGGUGCCCCUGAAGAGAAGAGAUCUCAGCGGGAUCCCCAUGCCCGGGUGUUCCGUUAUAACAACGACACUCCUUUUGUGAACGAUGAGCGCGCUUGCGCCGAGUACUUCUGUCUUCCGAGGAAUGCGUUCACGGACAUUCCUGAUGUUGAUAAUCUAGUGCAUUCUCAGGAGUUCAAGGAUAUGUCUCGCUCUACUGCUCAGUCGAAUGCCCAUGCGGUGCGGCUUGUGUAUCUUUACGAGAGGGAUCUUCGGAGGGUGCGGGCCAAGCUGGAGGACAUGUUCGCGGAGAAGGAGUCGUGCGAUACUCGUAUCAAAGAGCUGGAGGUUGCCGUCGGCGGCUUAAGUUCCUCCGCUGAGGUUCUUCGGGCGGAGCUUGCGGCGUCGUCGAGUCGUGAGGCCAUUCUUCGAUCUCAGAUUGGGGAUCAGCAAAAUGCUCUUGGGCGAGGAUCAGUUAUCUCGAGCAAAGUCGCAAAGAUUGUGCUGCGAAGGAGGGCGUACUUGGAUGAUCAAGAGCAUGUGAAGGAGCUUGUCUUCAAGGAGAACCAGAUGACCGGGAUCGUGUCUUGUCUUGAGGUUUGUAUUGAGGAAGGCAUUCCGAUUCCUUCGGAGAAGUUGAGGCGUCACCGGGUGGCUUUGAGGGAAUACACUGACCUUCUGGACAACACCGAGGUCGCGGCUUUGGAGGAUGACGAUCUCGUGGUUUCUCCCCUUCUUUCUUCUUCUUUAAGACUUAGUAUUAAAAAUGAUAAUGUUGUUUGA